GAAACGUCACCUCCGGUAACGUUCCACAAACAUGUCUACUUUCAGAGGAUGUACGUGGUAGCAUUUUGAAGUCCCUGAGUUUUGUUUUGCUUUGUCAGCACUUUAAAGGAAUACGGUAAAAGGGCUGUUCUGAAAACCCUCCCAUUUGCUGCCAAACCUGAUCUCAAUUCUCGUUUUGUUCUGGUCUUAAUGUGAUUCAUCUCAGUUGCGCUGUCAUACUGCAAGCAAAGAUCACCUCCAGGUUGUUUGUUUGUCAUUAUUUCUUGUAUUUAUUUUCUGGAUCAGUUUUUUUCAUUGAAUUGUUGAAACUGAAUUAUCAGCAUGUUUGUUAUAUAUCUUUAAAAUCGUUUUUUUUUCUUGUUGUUUCUGCAGGACAAUUUAAUCUAUUAAUCCUCCAAAGUGUCUGAAGCUAUCCUCACCUGAAUAUUCAUCCAUUCAUCAUGGCCAACCACCCGAACCACCACGAAGCUGCCUACUUAUCUCUAAUGAGAGGUUUGAAGGAACUGGACCUCAGUGAUCCAUGUGUUCCCAGUGAUUUGGUGCUCAUUGGGGACCACGCUUUUCCUUUAGCGAUGAACAGCCAAGGUCAAGUACCAAUGGCGGCUUCCUUGUACGGCAAAGGAAGAAUUGUAGUUCUGGGUCAUGAAGACUACCUAACUGCUUUUCCUGCUCUGGUGGAGAACGCUCUGACCUGGCUGAGAGGUGAUGGAUCAAACAACUUCUCCGUCGGGCUGCAUAGAAAUGUCAAGCCUCUUGCUGAAAGCAUUGCUCAAUCCGGCUUCCAAACCCAAGUGGUAGAGGAGUUCAGCGGCAAUCGUGGAUUUGGUGUGUACGUAACCGAUGCGUACAGCGUGGGGGCCGACCCAAAAGCGCUUGUGGCCUUUCUGAAAGCCGGAGGUGGGGUACUGAUAGCAGGGCAGGCGUGGAGCUGGGCUGCAGAUCACCCUCGUGAGAAUACUCUGCACCAGUUUGAAGGGAACAGGGUGGCCGGCGUCGCAGGGAUCUACUUCUCAGGAAAUGUGGGGGAAUUGGAGAAGCUGCCUGUGUAUCCCCAGAUCCCAGCAUCCUGGAUGGCUGCCAUACUUGGCAAAGAUUUUGAGGAUGACUUGGAGUUUCUGCUCCAGGGAGUGUCCGAGUUUCUGAUCCCCAAUGGGCUUUUGGCCUCAGAGGUUCUGAUCCACGGCCAGUUAGCCUUCCCCAUUGGGACCACAGGCAAUGGACGCCCGUUCCUAGCAGGAGCCUACUAUGGUCAAGGCCGAGUCAUUGUGGCUACACAUGAAGGUCUUCUGGGCAGACAGGAAUUGGCACCGUUUUGGAAGAAUGCCGUUCACUGGUUGGAUGAAGGCCGCCAGGGGGUGAUUGGUGUCUCGCUGGACCACGCCCUCGGAGUUCUGCAGCAGUCCGGCCUCACGUGUCAGAAGUCGGGCUUCAGGAAAGACCUGAGUGUGUUUGUGUGUUCUGCCUACAGCGGUGACCACGCUCAAGAAAUCCAAAACUUUGUGGCGGAGGGAGGAGGCCUGCUGAUUGGUGGACACGCCUGGUACUGGGCGCAGACAAACUGUGGGAAAAACCCUUUAAAGCACUUUGCAGGGAACAAAAUCCUGAACAAGAUGGGCUUGAGCCUGCUGGGAGCAACAAUUCCAUCGGGGAAGUAUCAGGCCCCUGAUCCCAAACAAGCCAUCAAAGACAACUACCACUUCCGCCACCUUCUUACCCGCUUUGCCAGCCAUGUAACCGCUGGAGAGAAUUUGACCAAGCAGGAGGAGGAAUGCCUCAAAAAGCUGGGGAACGAUUGCUCCAGCUACCUGCGGAUGAAAGCUCACGACUCCUGCUUCUACACCCAGGUGGUGUCCACCCUCACGGACAUCCUGAAGAAGUCAGGCAUGCCACAAGUGAGUGAAAAAUGCCCCGUGAAACGGCCCAAAGAUCAUCUCCUUCUGAGUGUGGGGACAGAAGUUUAUAAAACCUGCCGUGAUCCAGAUGCCCUCCUGCCCUACCUCAUCAAGGAUACGCCGUUGUUGCCUGUUGUGUACAACCAAAGGAUCAAUAUUGAUGUCGAAACAGCAGGUGACAAAGAGUGGCUUAGUACCGGCCUCUACCUCUCUCCUGGUAUGAAGACCCACAUCUCCAUACCAGCACCCAUGGUCCGAAACGGAUGGCAGAUUCAGAUCGGCUGUCAGACCGACCAGCUGAACGCAGAGGAGCUGAAGAGGCCUCCUCGAGUUCACGAGCAGGUCGCUGUGACCUCGGAGAUGAUGCAGGUGUGGAACCUGUGGGGGGGACUCAUCUACCUGGUGGCCCCACCUCAAACAAAAGUCAGCGGAGUGGAGGUCGUAGUGCAGAUGGCUGUCCCUGCACCCUAUUAUAAAUCAGGUGUGACAACAGCAGAUGCUUGGUCGCUGCUUCGCACGGCUCCUGCGCCGUGGGCGGAGCUGGAGUUUGACAAUAUCAUCCUCACCGUGCCGUCAGAGGCUGUUCGCACACUGGAGCACCCCGAAGAGUUAGCGCAGGUCUGGAACAAAAUCAUGAGGGCCAUCGCUGACCUUGCUGCCAAGCCUGAGAAAUUUCCUCGUAAAGAGCGAUUUGUAGCAGACGUGCAGAUUUCCCAUGGUUGGAUGCACGCCGGUUAUCCAAUCAUGUGUCACAAGUCAAGUGCAAAUGAGCUGGUGAAGGUGGACCACAUGAGGAGCCAUGGUCUCUGGGGGCCCAUCCAUGAGCUGGGGCACAACCAGCAGAGAGGCUGCUGGGAGUUUCCCCCAAACACUACCGAGUGCACGUGCAACCUGUGGUCCGUGUAUGUGCACGAGGAGGUCCUGGGGAUCAACAGAUCCAAGGCUCAUCCAAACAUGAGUUUAGAAAACCGAAAAUGUCGAGCAAGAAAUUACGUCAAGGAGGGCAGGAAGCUGAACAGCUGGGAAAUGUGGGUAGCCCUGGAGACAUACAUGCAGCUCCAGGAUAAAUUUGGCUGGGAUGCCUUCAAGAAGGUGUUUGCUGCCUACCACAAAAUGAGCACAUUCCCAGGGGACAACCCAGGAAAGAUGAACCUGUAUGCCGAGACCUUCUCCCAGACGGUGGGCAUGAACCUCACUGCCUUCUUCAAGGCCUGGGGGUGGCCCAUACAAGAAGCCACGGAGAAGAAACUCUCCAACUUGCCCUCGUGGAGUGAUCACCCCAUGGUCCAGUACCACUAAGGGCAUCAGAAACACAUCUUUGUAUGGAACUUUUUUAGUUCCAUCAGACUCUGAAAUUUUUUCCCCCUGAAUUUUUAUUUUUUAAACCACUGAAUAUUUUUUCUGAUUUUUUUAACCUCUGAAUUUUUAUUCUGAAUUUUUUUAACCUCU